GGCCAGACCAAGGAUUAUAAAACCCAACCCUCAUAUAAAUACAUCCCCACCUUCCCUCUUCUUCUCCAAUCGAUUUUUACUCAUCUCUUCCCCUUCUGCAAAUCCAUUCGCAAUUAAUUUCCCCAACUCCGCUUUUUCAUCCAUCGUCUGAUGGACGCGCUUCAAUCCAGCUACUCGGAAAACCCUCAAUCUCAAUCUACUGCUUCUUUUUCAGAAAACCCUCCUGCUCCUCCUCCGCAAUACUCCUACGAUCAGUACUCUUCCCAAACCCUAGAUUCAUCUUACUACCAAAAUUACUCCAAUUCUUCUUAUUCCUACUCCCAAUCUCAAGAUCAGGAUCAAUCCCAACAAAAUUAUGAGUCUUACAACCACAAGCUUCAAGAAACCUUAACUAAGUUCGAGCAGAAUAGCGGACUCGAGAAUUCCGUUGCGGGUGAGCCGAUAAAGGAGAAGGUUUUAACCGGAGAGAACAGUGAAAGUACUCCGAAACUCGAGGUCCUGAGACCGUUGCUUUCUGAGAAUGGCUUGACCAACACGCAUAGCGGCACCGACAAGGACCAGUCGGGAGGUGAAGAGGAGACCACCAGCAGGCGAAGGCGCAGGAGCAGGUGGGAUCCUCCUCCGAGCGAGGCCAGCAGCGAUGGAAGUGGGGCUGGGACCGGAGGAGGCGAUGGGACGGGGACAGGGACUGGCGGGAGGAAGAGGAAAUCUAGGUGGGCGGAUGAUCAGCCGCAGCCGGUGAUUCAGUUGCCGGAUUUCAUGAAGGAGCUUACUGGAGGUAUUGAAUUUGACCCUGAAAUUCAAGCUCUUAAUAGCAGAUUGAUUGAGAUUACUCGAAAGUUGCAAUCUGGUUUGCCCCUAGAUGACAGGCCUGAAGGUGCACGCUCACCUUCGCCUGAACCUAUUUACGAUAAUAUGGGCAUCAGGAUUAAUACUAGGGAAUAUCGUGCACGGGAGAAGUUGAAUAGGGAGAGGCAGGAGAUUAUAUCCCAAAUACUCAAGAAAAAUCCCGCUUUUAAGCCACCUGCUGAUUACAGGCCUCCUAAGCUUCAGAAGAAGCUCUACAUCCCGAUGAAAGAGUUCCCUGGUUAUAAUUUUAUUGGUUUGAUUAUUGGGCCUAGAGGUAAUACUCAGAAGAGGAUGGAAAGAGAGACAGGCGCAAAGAUUGUUAUUCGAGGUAAAGGCUCUGUGAAGGAAGGUAGGUUACAGCAGAAAAGGGACUUGAAGCCCGAUCCCUCAGAGAAUGAAGAUUUACAUGUUUUGGUGGAAGCUGAAACUCAGGAGUCACUUGAUGCAGCCGCUGCCAUGGUGGAGAAGCUCUUGCAGCCUGUUGAUGAAGUGCUUAAUGAGCAUAAGAGGCAACAGCUCAGGGAGCUUGCUGCUUUGAAUGGGACUAUUAGAGACGAGGAGUAUUGUAGGUUAUGUGGUGAACCAGGCCAUAGGCAGUAUGCAUGUCCGUCUAAAACUUCAACAUUUAAAAGUGAUGUUCUGUGUAAGAUUUGUGGCGAUGGUGGGCACCCCACUAUUGACUGUCCAGUGAAGAAUACCACAGGCAAGAAGAUGGAUGACGAAUAUCAGAACUUCCUGGCUGAGUUGGGUGGGACUGUUCCUGAAUCUUCAACCAAACAAAGUUCUGCAGCUCUUGCUCUUCCUGGUAUUCCUGGAAGCAAUCCUCCUUGGGCCAGCAACGGCAGCAAUAAUAGUGGUGUGAGUAGCACCACGCCUGGCUUAGGGGCAAACCUGAUCAAGCCCAAGGAAUACGAUGAGACCAAUCUCUACAUUGGAUACUUGCCCCCCACUCUGGACGAUGAUGGUUUAAUCAGCCUAUUCUCUCCUUUUGGUGAAAUUGUUAUGGCUAAGGUUAUCAAGGACCGCGUCACUAGUCUGAGUAAAGGCUAUGGUUUUGUUAAGUAUGCUGAUGUUCAACAGGCUAAUAAUGCUAUUGCUAGCAUGAAUGGUCAUCGUCUGGAUGGUAGGACAAUAGCUGUCAGAGUGGCUGGUAAACCGCCUCAACCCACUGUGCCUCCAGGCCCUCCUGCCCCUGCGAUGCCUACAUACCCUGCUCCUCCCCAACCAACCGGUGCUUAUCCUUCCCAGCAGUAUGCUGCAGGUGGGCCUCUUGGAACCCCACCACCUGGAAGCUACACAGGAGCUCUAGUUCCAUGGGGACCUCCUCCUCCUCCUCCUCCUUAUGCCUCUUACCCUCCUCCUCCUCCCGGGUCGGCCAUGUAUACUGGGCAACCUGUCCCUCCAUAUGGAGUACAGUAUCCUCCUCCAAUGCAGACAGCAACUUCAGCUGUUCCAUCAACAACUGUGUCUUCUGCUGAAACACAACAGACGUAUGCUUCAGCUGUUGAUACACAGCAAAGUUACCCACCUGGAGUCCAAUCUCAUCAGAGCACAACUCCUGUUCAAUCUGUUCCCACGUAUGCCUAUGGUAACUCUGUUGCUGCUAUUCCACCAAAUGGCCAGUAUUCAACACCGUCAUACAGCUAUCAAGGUUACUACAAUAUGGCACAACCACCACCACCACCACCUCCUCCCCCUACUCUGGACCAGUCACAGAGUGUGACUAAUGUUCCCUGGGCCUCCAAUCCGCCUGUGCCUCCACCUGUGUCAUCUGCAGAGAAGACCUAUGGUGCAGACUCAGAGUAUGAGAAGUUCAUGGCUGAGAUGAAAUGAGGAUGUGAUUCUUGUUAUAUGGCGUUCAAAGGGAAGGCUGGUUUGUUGGAGCACUUGUGAACCUGAUUUUUACCUGUUGCCAUGACUUACUUGUUGGAAGUUUGGGACUCACAUCUUUAACCUUGCAGUGCUCUUAUGACAUUUGCAGAGCGUUGGGACAAUGUUCAGUUCAUGAGGAAGAAUUGGAGUAUCAAAUAUAAAAGCUCUAUCUCUACUGAUUACUGCUUUGUAGGCCUGUCUGUGGUGAUUGGACGGUUGCCGCUGCCUUUCAGAAGUUUUAUAAUUUUUUAUCCGUCUUGAUUUCCUUCAUGAUUGAUUGCUGACAUACUUUGUUGGUCUAAUUGUCGUGAUUUGUUCUGUCAUUUGCUUUUGGUUUGUGUUUCUAACUUGGCCCCUUCUUUUUAUCUAUGUGCCCACUUUUUUUGUGCUUAUUCAAUACUUUUGGCUCCUCUGCUUUCGAAGCAGCGUGUUGCUUGCAUCUACACUUCCUGUCAAGAAGAUGACCUCCUCUUGGUAUAUGAAGUUCCAGGGUAUGUUAAACUUGAAAACACGUCUCAGACCUUUUUUAUGUCUAAUUUUUUACUUACAUACAUUUGGUUCUGAUAUCUUCUCCACUUCAUGUGCAGCAGGUUUAGAAUGCUUUAAAUGUAACUUUUCUUUCUUUGUUCACACUUCUUAUUUUCUUCUUUGGUAGCUCAGAAGGGGGAAUUGGUGGAACAAGGGAUCUCAGUUACUGCAAAAAUGAGAUAAUUGUUGGUUGUUAUUUGUGGGUUACAUAGAGUGAGAGGAAGUCCAUGUUUUUGAGGUGGCGAUCUAGGUUGAAGUUAAGGGAGUAUUGAAAAAGAUUGACCAAUCCUCUGACAAAGUACCUGGAUGUAUGCUGGUACUUGUAUAUCUGAAGCCUUUAACAUGGAGGGGUUUCAAACGUAUACGAGUAGAUUUAAUUUUAUACUUUCUUGGGUUAUGCGUCUACACAAGAUUUUAGAAUGUUUCCGUGACAAAAGCUUUCUACCUUUGACUAAACAUUUUUCUUAGUGCGCUUCGCUAGGGUUGGGAUUUAAGUAUGAAUUGUCAAACCCAUAAUUUUCAAUGUUUUCAAUUGUCUUUUGAUUA